UGCUUGUUCCUGUGUUGUUAGGGACUCCUUCUUUUGGAAUUCCACCCGGCACAUUCGAAACUUCCCGCAACUGGUUGACUUAGAAGUCUCCCGGAAGCAGCAAUUGAAAUCGCUUUGACAGACGUCCUUUAUUGUUUUGGCAAAGUUAUUUUAAGACAUCCGCGCACUUCAUCCUCUCCUGCUGGUGUUUUCUUCCGGGAGAGGAGGCUCAGUCAUCGCUCUGGUGUUUCUGCAUCCUUGGAUUUAAUUGCAGGAAAAAGUCACUGGGGACUCUGGUUGUUUUGAAGGCCGCGAGGGAGUUUCAAAUAAGGAACUGACGAAUGGAGAUCUGCGGAGUGCUUCGGUCGUUCCUGCACGCCUUCCGAGAACGAGCUGGGUUCACCCUUAAAAGCACGCCGGCUAAAUUGCGAUGUUUUAAACACGGCUUCACCCGUAAGAUGUCAAAGCAUUGUGGAGGAAAUAUUUCUGCACUUCAUACUUGUGUUCUGGGAAACCAACCCCAGCUAUUCCUACCUGAAUUAAGCAGGCACUUUUCUUCAGUGAAUGGACAACAUAGUCUCAGCAAGGACUCAUCACAAACUACCCUUGGCAGCGUGGUUCCUGUAUUUUCUGUAGUGAAAUAUGAGAGCACAGGAAACAUAAGUUUCUUUGAGCGAAAGAAGACGGAAUUAUACCAGGAAUUGGGACUUCAAGCUCGAGAUUUAAGAUUUCAGCAUUCGACAAGUAUUAAUAUUAGGAAUAAUUGCAUUAUCCUCAGGAUGGAGAUCCUAAAAGCUGUAAUAACUCCAGAAUAUCUUCUUAUCCUGGAUGAUCAUCAAUCCGAUCUAGAGCAUUGGUUUUUAAAGGACUUGACAUCGCAAUUGGCUGGAGAUGGACAACUAGCCACGUAUUCUUUGCCUUUUGAAUUCCGGGCCAUAGAGGCAAUACUUCAGCAUCGGAUUAAUGCUCUGCAAGCAAGUCUAAAUGAGUUGCAGCCUCAGAUAUUAGAGACAUUAGAAGCUCUGGUCAAUCCCAAACAGAUGUCAGUUGAUCGAAGCAAGCUUCACAUUUUACUUCAAGGCAACAAAAACUUGUCUGGCUUGGAAACGGAUAUCAAGGUCUUCAAGGAGGCGUUACUAGAGAUUCUAGAUGAAGAGAAGUUGCUAAAAGAACUUUGUCUCUCCAGAUGGAGUGAGAAUCAUGUCUUUGACCAAAGUAGUACGGGAAUUGAUCUCACAGAAGAGAUGGAACUCCUCCUUGAAAAUUACUACCGACAGGCGGAAGACCUAGCCAAUACCACACGGGAGCUGAAGGUGUUAAUAGAUGAUUCCGAAAGCAUCAUUUUUAUCAACUUGGACAGCCAUCGUAAUGUGAUGAUGCGCUUGAACCUCCAGCUGACAAUGGGAACAUUUUCAGUUUCUCUUUUUGGAAUUGUUGGAGUUGCCUUUGGCAUGAAUUUGGAAUCCUCCUUUGAAGAGGACCCCAGGUUCUUCUGGUUGAUAACAGGAAUAAUGUUUCUAGGGAGCGGACUAAUGUGGCGACGCCUUCUAUCGUUUCUGGGCCAGCACCUGGAGCCUCCAGCACCCCCAUCGAUGCCGUCUAUCUUGAAAAGAUCGCAACUGCUGGGUGGUAAAGCUGACAUGAGGCAUGGUUCAAAAUUAUAGACGUCAAGUCAACACAUCGAUGAUGAACUCUGGAAGCUAAGCCCGGUAGAACCAGACUAGAGGCGUAAUCCAGCACAACUCGUGAAUAGCAGUUCAACUUAGUAAAUAAAUUAUGUUCAUAUUGCGGAUUUAACUACCAAUAUUCUGAGUUAAUACAUACAUGUCAACAGUGUGAAAAAUUUCCAACCUGUCUCCAUCAUCAUAUUACAUUAGAGUUUAGAAGUCUUUGAAUGUUGGAAGUAUGAGAGACAAAACAAUUAAUUACACAAAAGCAAUAGUAAUGCAUUGUCUACAUAUGGUUGGCUUAAUGCUUCCUGUAGCCAUGCAUUCCACUAAUUAUGGAUAAAAUUAUGUCGACAUUCUUAUUUAUUAUAUCACGAUAACUUGUGGUAGUGGACUUUGGAACCUCUUAGCUAAGAGUACAGAUAGAUGAUUUGCACUCUAGUAUUACAAAAAAAAUAGUGGAGUUGUCAAUUGUUGGCUUUAGGAAAUAUUAUCAUUCCCAUUCCCACAUCUUAAUUUAUUCCAUCCUACUAAGAAAAUAAUAGUUUCCAUUUAUCAUUUGGCUCUGUAGCAUAAGGGAUUAGGAAGUUGAUGUUAGUGGAUUUGGGUAAACCCACUGCAGUUAAUAGAGUUUUAAAUCUUGAAGAAUGACUAAACAAACUGCAAACCAGUGCAAGAAAAUGUUUUCAUGCCACUCUGUAGAAGAACACAGGCCACAUAAACAAUACUCGGUCAGUAAUGGAAAUGUUUACAAAUUCAUAAAGUAUGGAUUAAUGAACCGCUUUUGAGGUUUUGUGUCAUUUUGGGUGGACGGGGCAUGCCAUCUCAAGGCCGUGCAUUAAUGCAACACAGAAGGAGGCCUUUCAGAUCAUUGUUUCUGUGAUAGCGUAUCAGCAGUUAUUUCUGUUAUCUCUUUUCCUGCAGCCAGACUUCUCUAUCAAGUACUUAUCCAAUUCCCUUUCAAAGGUUAAUGCUAAAUCAACUUCCCUCACACAUUUAGGCAGCUGAUUUCAGGCCAGAGUAUAUUUAUGCUGGG